CUUCUUUUCUUUCCUCAAUCACUCCUUCAUACCCUAUUAUUUUUCUUUUUCGUUUUCGUUUUCGUAUGUUCACCACUGGCAAUAGUAGCAAUAGUACACAUAUUGAAACUGAUGAAGAUAUAGCGAGGCGAUUACAACAAGAGGAAGAACGAUUGCAUCUGCAAUAUAUCCGUAUGACAGCUUUGGUCAAAGCAGACGAAGCAUUUGCUGAACGAUUACAACAGGAUCUGCAAGAAAACCAUAUCAAGAAUGAUGAAAUAUUAGCUGAAGAGUUGCAACAAGAAAUGUUGAAAGAAAGUAAUGCACUGAAUUCAACGACAACAAUUACGACUGCUACUAGUACGACAUCCCAAGGUGACAACACCAAGACCACAUCCAUAGAAUCUUUUUUUGGAACUUCGGUGGUUGAUCUUACGGAAGAAGAGGAUCCUGACAUGAUAUUGGCGAAACAGUUACAAAAAGAAGAAGAAGAGAAUAAACGGCAGAUAUCAGCUAUGUCUACUUCGGCGAAUCCAUUGUACGCUCUGAACGAUGAACAGGACCCCAAUCCAGAUCUACAUGGUUUGUUCUUGGCUUUCAAUGAUCUUUACUUUUCCGGAAAACUUGGUAUGGUCGAGGUGAAAUGGUCCAAAAGAAUGACAUCAUGCGCAGGCACAUGUACUUUCCAUCCCACUGGUGGACUCUGUACAGUCACUUUAUCAGAAGCACUUUUGAAAUUUCGACCACGAACAGAUAUGAUCAACACUUUAUUACACGAAAUGAUCCAUGCUUUACUCUUUGUGACUAAACGAUAUGACAAUCAUGAAUCUCAUGGACCUGAAUUCCUUGCAGAGGCAACAAGAAUCAAUAAACUGGCGGGAACCAACAUCACUGUAUAUCACACAUUCCAUGAUGAAGUUCGACAUUAUAAGACGCAUGUAUGGCAAUGCAAUGGGCCCUGCAAACAUCGAGCACCUUAUUUUGGAAAAGUCUCGAGAACUAUGAACAGACCUCCACAAAAGGCAGAUAGAUGGUUUGCAGAACAUCAAGCAACAUGUGGUGGUACAUUUGUCAAGAUAUCCUCUCCAGAACCUACUCUUACUGGCAAGAAAAGAAAAAAGCGUGAUGAUGAUGCGAUUGGAAAGAAAAUGACGGAUUAUUUACUUUCUGACUCCCAGAAUAAUCAUGACAAAAACAAGUCAACUUGAAAUGCUUUUCUCCUAUUAUCUUAUUUACCCAUAUUCUCUCUCUCUCUGUGUAUAGUUUUAGUUAUCAUCUUCUUUAAUCUCUUGUAUUCUUGUAUAUAGCUCAAUAAAAAUAGUUACUUCUGAUA